AUGAACAAGAUCAAGAAAAUGGCCUUACGUGUCAUCGCUGAGAGACUCUCAGAGGAAGAGAUUGGAGAUUGUUCUGAACAAGGUGUUACUUGUGGGGACAAGCCAAAGAAGAAGUACCGUAGAAAUAUUGGUCAUCGACAGCCAAACACGAGGAUUAGGAUUACAGGAAUCACAGGGUAUGAAGAGUAUCCAGCGUCACCCAAUGUUGCGGUUUAA